AUGACUGCGAACACUCAGCCUUCCAUUAUUGUCAUUCCUGGGGCUUGGCACCUAGCUUCCUGCCUUGACCCUUUUAUUGGAACCCUACAAGCAACUGGCUUUCCCGCCGAGGGUGUCACACUCCGGAGUGUUGGAGAUGCCGACUCGGGCAUUUCCGACGACGAGGCACUCAUAAGGUCCAGGAUCGAGUCUCGGAUUCAUGCUGGCGAGGAUGUCAUCCUCAUCGCCCACUCAUACGCCGGCUUGCCAAUGUCUGCAGCUAUUGCUGGCUUACAAAAAAGGAGUAGAGCUUCACGCGGUGAAAAGGGCGGUGUUCUUGGAAUUGUGUAUCUCGCUGCUUUUGUCCCGUUGGACGGAGAGAGCGUUGUUGGCCUAUUGGGUGACCUACUCUGGUGGAUGGAAGAGGAUGUGAGUUUCGCCCUUCUCGGUUUUACUCUGUUGCACUUGUGCUCACUUCUCCUGGCCAAGACCGAGGCUCGAGUCAUCAAGGUCAAGGCAAACUCGCCUGCAGAGGUAUUCUUCAAUGAUUGUUCCCCUGAACAAAUCGCUGCAGUGUCGGGUGCCUUGAAGCCACAUUCGAAGAAGAGCUUGGCCACACCCAUUACGACCAUCGGAUGGCGUGAAAGCGCGUACGACGGCUCUCGGGCCUAUAUUCGCUGUUUGCAAGACAAGGCACUCUCGAUUGAGAGACAGGACGCGUUUGUUGAGCGGUCCGGGGUGCAGUGGGUUGUGAAGACGUUGGAUGCGUCCCACAGUCCAUUCAUAUCAAUGCCUCAACAGUUGACAGUGGCCGUGCAAGAGAUAGCAAGGGAGUUCAGAGCAGCCAUUUAA